AUGACACUCUACCUAAGGUUUGAGCUCCUCGAGCUCCAAAAAGCCAUUGGCAUCGGUGUCGAUAUGCGCGACUGCACGCCGAAGCCCCCUCUCCACUUCUUGGCGCGAGAGGUGGCCAUCGCCAUCGUCGUCCCAGAUGCCUGUGCAGAGGCGGCGGAGAGUGUCGGGCGGGGCGAGAGGAUAUGUUGGACGAACACCGCAGACUUGGAAAGUGACAAGCUGCAGAGCAAGAGGCAGCAGAGCCAGCCAGGCGCGCCGCACGGAGUCGCUCCGGUGGUGAACCGCUCCUCCUUUUCGUGCAAGGGCCGUGAGAUGAGCGGGCUGAGCCGCGCGCACUCGCUGCUCGCUCACCGCGGCCUGAUCAGCCCGACGCUGCGUGCCGCGUCGACCGUCUACUACUGGCGCCACACCGCCGCGCAGGAGCGCUCGCGCCACGAGGCGGUCUGCAGCAAGGCCUCUGGCUGGCACCUCGCCUCGUUUGGCUCGCACGGGUCGUUUGCGGACCGCGCGAGCUGGAUCUGCCGGCGCGCGAGGCACGAGAUUGGCGGGCACGGCGACGUACUGGUCCACCUGGACUACGACCUCACCAUCACCGACGACGCGUCGGCGCUCUUCUGCCUCGGCCAGAACGCGGAGCGCGGCGUCGCGCUCAUCCACUUCCCAUGCUGGACCGACCGGCAGUGGUCCAAGGCGGAGCUCGUGCGGGCGCUCAACGCGACCGACGCGAUGCUCGACACGGCGCAGGUGUACGGAGGGGUCGUCGUGCUGCGCAAGACGCCGUUUGCGGUGCAGUUCCUGCGCGAGUGGCUGCAGGUCGCCACCGACCCGGACCGUGACCUGAGCGAGGACGUGCCUUGCAGGAGACACGACCCUCCCGGCUGCGAGCAGCGCGCAAGGCACCCGCCGGGUUGCGAGUGCGCCGAGUGGGCGACGCCGCAGGACCCGGCCUUCCGCGAGCAUCGGCACGACCAGCACGGCCUCAAGACCUUCCCGAUGCCCACCGCCUCGCACGACCCGCGCUCGCUCUGGUCGUGGGACGCGGGAUACUGCGAGGCGGCGUGGCCGCUCGAGACGUCGCGCGGAGGGGAGAGGUACUUGCCGCGGGUCUACUCGCCCAAGGGAAAGAUGACGUCGCCGGGCGUCGUCCUCCACUGCGCCCAGGCGUGGCUCCCCCGGUGUCCUGUUUUGCGACCCGCGUCUUCUUUUCUAGGCGUCGUCCUCCACUACGCCCAGAUGGGGACGCUGCCCGCCUCGAUCCACGCCUGCGCGGCGACCGGCCACCCGCCCACGCACAUGGACUACCUCGACGGCCGGGCGGUGAUUGCGCGGCUGGAGGCGGCCGCCGCGAUGCUCAGGCCGCUGCGCGGCGUGCCCAGCCACCGCGCCGCGCCCGCGUCCAGCCGCGGCUUGUGCCGCGUGAGCCUGGUGACGCAGGAGUCGCAGACGGCAAAGUGCGAGGAGGGCGUCUCGUUCGGCUGCAUGGACUCGAUCCGACGAGGGCCGAGAGGCGCGCACCUCGGAGACGUGGUCUGGAUCUUUGGCGGAUGCCGCGGCCGCUUCCGGUGCGACAACAGCGGCAUCGAGCUGCGGUGCGGCAUGCCCGGGUGGCCGUCCAGACAGAUGUACCGGUGCCCGUGCGUGACGCCGACCGACGAGGUGCCGCUGGGGGUGCCUCUCGCUCUGCAAAAGAGCUAA